AUGACACCGGGGCGAACAAUCAGCCCAUCUCCACCCCCCAGGGGCCGAUGGCUUGCCCUGGCCUCGGCCCUCGUCCUGCUCCCCGUCGUCGUCGACGCGAAUCUGUGGGCCGAGACGGAGCGAAUGCCGGACUUGGAGCAGUGGCGCCAGCUGUGCGGCUUCUACGACGUGGCCAAGGCGUACAUGCAGGACGUGUACGCGAAGGUGACCGUGUUCGCGCCCACCGACGAUGUCUUCACCUAUAACCCGGAUAUCAGGGCACUCAGCCAGCGGGAAGUGUUGAGUCAUAUUGUGGACACGCAAGUCGUCGAAAUUGGCCAGGGGAAGAAGUGGGAAAAGCAGACGCUGAUCCGCUCGACGAUCAACUCGGGCUACGUCUACAUCACGCAGUUCGAGAAUAAUCCUGGGAAUUUCUCCUACUAUGCGAACGCGGGAAUGUUGUGCAACCACGUCUCCAACCAAUGGGGCAUCAUCUCCGGCGAGCAGUACCUCUACAAAAUCUGCACCCCCAUCGGGCACCGUCCAUAUCCGGGGACGGCGCUGUCUCUGAUCCGCGACAUGGACAAGACAAUGUUCGCCGACCGGCAGUACAACAACAACGAGUUGACGGAAAUGCGCGAAAUUCUGAACCGGAUCCCGGACAUUGCGCUCGUCAUCUUUGGGAGCAGCGCCUGGAACGGCUUCCACACCUUUUUCCUGCCCACCGACAAGGCUUUUGCAUCGGUGAUCGAUCGAAACCGGGUGGACCGUGAAGUUAUCCUCGCACACGUGACGGGCGUCAACCGCGUAUUGUUCACGUAUCCGUGGCUGUACGAUGGCGGAAUUCACUAUUAUCCUAGUAUCCGCUUCUCCUCCAACAUCAUCGAGGACAACUUCAAGCUGAAGCUCUCUAUGCGAAAUAUUACCGAUCGAAGGACAGGGCGAUGGGAUUUGUACGCGGUGUCCGAGGUCUACGAGCGAUACGCCAACUUCAGAAGGGGCGCCGUCUGGGCCAAGAUCCUCGUUCCAAAUAUACCCGUCCAAAACGGUGUCGUGCACAUUAUCGAUAAUGUGCUCGGUAUUGUUAGUCAGACGAUUGAUCAGCUGGUGAUGGAGAACGUGAAAACGCGCGUGCUGAUGCGCUAUAUGAACACGAUCGGGCAGAUUGUCAGAAACUAUCUAUCCGCCACCGGAGGUCUCGUCACCUUUUUUGCGCCCUACGACUACGCGUUUGAGAUGAUCCCCGAGCAAAUUGAGCGCCGCAUGCUGCGAGAUCGGAUAUGGUUGGAGCAGGUCCUAAAGCUCCACAUCGUGCCGGCAAAGGAGCUUGUCAGCGACGAGAUCACGAAUGAUACUAUUGUCAAUACAGUCGACAACAUGCGACAAUUAUAUUUUGUGAAGGGGGAAUGGCCAAAGAAUAAUAUUACCUACUACGUGAUUGGCGGAGGCAUACGGACGGCCAUCAUUCAAGACAACGUUGCCGCCACUAAUGGCAUUAUCCACUACAUCGAGCGGGUCCUCGGCGUGCCCUACCAAUCGCUGUGGGAGAUUCUGAAGAACGAGACGGAUUGCCAAGCCUCCUUCCACAUGCUCGAAAAUGUGCAGCUGCGCUACUCGCUUGACCCGUGGCAGGUGCUGACGCCAGAACAGAAUUUCACCUUUUUCAUCCCGACCAACGAGGCGUGGCAAAAGGUAUCUCCAUAUCUGAAAGGACGGAUGAACGAUGGGCAUCACCGGGAAGCGCUACAAUACGUCUUCAAAAGACAUGUCAUACAGGGCCAAGCCCUGAUGUAUACGGAUCUGCGCGAGCGGACGUACGUCAUGAUGAACGACGAGAAAGUGGUGAUACGAAGGAGGGGGCGAUACUUUGAGCUCUACUGGCCGCGCGGAAACGUGGUGGCGCGCGUGAUAGAGGGCGGCGAGAUCGCGGGCAUCAACGGCUUCAUGCACAAAAUCGACAACGUCCUCAUCUACGAGCCCGACCUGCACGCUGACGCCCCGAUCGACGGCGUGCCGUGGAUGACGUUACUCUGCAUCGUGUGCGCCCCGUUCGCCCUCAGAUUAAAUUUCGCGCGCUUGAUAUUAACCCUCGCGUUUCUGCACUCGCAAUUUCCAGAUUUCUUUGAUAAUAUUUUGAGCGUAAACCCGCAAUUU